GAUCCCUGGAUCACCUAUAACCUUUAGCUCAUAGACCAUUCGAUCACGUGAUGGAAAUUCCCCACAAAAAGCUAUAAAACACCGUUCCUACCCCCUCUCGACGGAGUCUCUUAACGAAAGCCAGACCGAUGACAUCGCGUCGAUUCUUCGAACCCGCCGACAUUCCGAUCUACGAACAUCGUUAUCCGAUCAUCACCAAAGUCGCGAACUUUUUAUAAUUGCGCUCAUUUGGAUUAAAACCACCUUUUAUUGAACAAUUAAGUGCCUACAUGGAGUUACUCGUCUAGGAGCCAUACAAAGAGUGGGAAAGCACCUGAACACGGAACUACUCUAUCUGAAGGAUACAAUCACCUCGUCGACAGCAUAAUUUAUUUUCAAAUUUGUAUUAUUUUUCUACGUCUUCUCAAGACGUCAACACCUCAUUCAAGACAGGAGGAAUUCACCAAACGAGUUAUUUUCCUGCACCAAGAAAAUUUCCUUAUAACCACAAGCCAUUGGACCUUAGUGAACGAUCUUAUCUUCGAGCACCUAGAGCGCCAGAUUCAAUUUAUCUCAAAUUAUCUUACUUAAGUAGAAACAAUGAUUCGCCAAAAAGAACAUACCCCUCCGCAGAAUGGAGAUCCCCAGACACAAUGGAAUCUCCCGACUAAAAAUUUCGAGCUAGUAAGAGCCUCAUUCCUUAAUUAUCACAAGAAAUACAAAGAAAUUAAAACUCUAAUCACUCUACAGCCCUCUCAGAAAAAACGGACAGGUUUAAUAGAUGCUGGAGGGAAAAUCCUUAAAUUCCUCUUCGGAACUGCUACCUCAGAGGAUAUUAAAACACUAAACGACAAGAUUUCGAAAGUCAAUCACAGAAACGAAGGAAUCAUCCAUUUAUUGCGCUCACAAACCACCUUAUUAAAUGAUAUUUUAAAUAUAAGCAAGACCAAUCGACAUCAAAUUUAUGUGCUCUUCAAACGACAAGAGUCCUUCCGUGAAUUAAUGAACUUAUAUCGCUAUGAACUCGCCUUUGAAAUAAUUCUUCGAAUGAUAGAAUUUUCUAUUCAGGAGUUCCAUUUUCAACUAGUAGAGUUACGAGAAGCGAUUGAUAUUUUAGAACAAGGUCGGUUAAGUAUCUACUUUAUCUCACGGGAAAUUAUGUUACGAACUCUACGAGACAUUCAACUCCAACUUCCGGAAGGCUACGUAAUGAUCGAACCUAUCAAGCCAGAUACAUUGUUUAAAUAUUACCAGUGGAUUACUACCAUCGUAGUAGCUUUACCUGGUAAACUACGGAUUUUUGCCAAGAUUCCCUUGAUUACUCGCAGUGGAUAUUUUGAUAUGUACGAAAUUGUCAAAUUUCCAACAUACAUCCCUACGUUAAAAACUUUUUUCCAAUUUCAAACCGAAUAUCCUAUAAUUGCCCUGUCUAUGGAUAGACAGUCAUAUAUGUUGCUGCAACGAUUUGAAUUAACUAUGUGCAAGAUAGACCAUUUUCCUAUUUGUUCAUUAAAUAUUCCUAUUCAACGAUUUCCGCAAGAAAGUUGUGAGUAUGCCUUAUUUAAUGAAAUUGAAACUCAAGUCAAGGACCUCCGUAAUCGACAAAUCGUCGCAAGAUAUGCUCCUAUUUUUAAGAAAAUAGAUCGACAAGGAACCUGGAUUUAUUUUACCCCUAAACCUCUCACCAUCACUAUUAGAUGCCCUACUAGACCUCAGAAAUCGCCUUAUAUAUCUACAACUCACAAAUUGAAUAAUACUGGGAUAAUCAAUCUCCCAAAUGCAUGUACAGGAUACCUACCAGGAAUUAUCCUCACUUCACAUUUCCAAAGACAAUCCACCUUACAACUGGAAAUUGCGAAAACCUUGUAGUUCCACAAAUCGAACAACUGAUAAAUUCAACUGCUUCAGAAACGUGUCAUGGAAUCACAAACUCAAGAAAAAUUAAAAUUGAACUCGGAUCACGAUAUCACUUUAGCUGACUGUAAGGUUUGCCGACGUUGAGGGGGAAUAAAAUCUAUCUCGCUUCAGAAUGAGCCUAAGGGAAACCACGUAUGUGGGCGGUGGCGAAGGAGGCAAAUGAUGUACAAGUGUUUUACAAGAUAAAAACCGUUUAUUCGUUCGAAUUCAUGCUUACAUCGAUAAUGGACAAUUCCAAAAUCUCGUGCUCCUGGGAACGGCGAAAGUUCGUGUGAUCGGUCGCAGUUCGGGCGGACGAGAAGGAUAUCUGGACGAAGCAGAAGUUCGUUGUUACGUUGCGGCGUCCUCGGUGAUCGGCGGAUGCACAACACAAUCUAAAUCACCACUGUAGGCUUAAUCCGGAGGAGACUCUUUUUCGACCUUGAAGUUCCGAUUUUUAUAGUUUUUCCCCCACAUUUCGCAUUUCGGAUUGGUCCCUUGUUCCAUUCCUCACUUCCCAAUUGGUCUCUCCUUUGUCUCCAGGUGCAAGACGAAACUUUUUCGGGUCGCGGGAAAGGUCCGAUUCGAGGUGUCCAUCUGAUACCUCUUUGUCGACUCUGCUUGGUGACUGUUUAUAAAAUAAUAACACCU